AUGGCGCAAGUGGGGGCGAACAUGGAAUACCAAGAAUACAAAUGGGCUUAUUCAAUCAUGGAUUCUUCCAGAGUCUCUGCGUGUCUGAUAUCUAUGCUCCUGAUCGUCUAUGGCAGUUUCCGAUCUUUGAAUAUGGAACGUGAGGCGAGAGAAAAGUCGGAACGCGAAAAAGAAGCUUGCUUAUUAGGCAAUAAGACACCGCCUAGCUCUUCAUCUAGUAGUAAUGUACAAACAUUAAACACGAUGCAGGCGUUGUGUUUCCCUCUGGGGUCAUCAGCGGCCCUGCUAGUUAUGUUCUUCUUUUUUGACUCCGUGCAAACACUCGUCGCGAUAUGUACAGCCGUCGUAGCCUGUGCGGCCCUAGCGUUUCUCCUAACCCCGCUGUGCCAGUACGUGGCUGGAGGAAGUCGGGCUGCGCUGUGCGGCCGGUACUCCGCCCCCGAGUUGGCCGCAGCUCUACUCGCCGCUGCCAUAGUUACUGUCUGGGUGUUAACUGGACAUUGGCUGCUAAUGGACGCUAUGGGUAUGGGUCUUUGCGUGACCUUUAUUGCGCUGAUCCGUCUGCCCUCGCUGAAGGUGUCCACUCUUCUACUCACGGGUCUCCUCCUUUAUGAUGUCUUUUGGGUGUUCUUCUCGUCAUACAUAUUCACUGCCAAUGUCAUGGUGAAGGUUGCUACCAGGCCAGCGGAAAAUCCAAUGAACGUGGUCGCCCGUCGCUUGCAGCUGGGCGGGGCUAUGCGAGACGCGCCCAAACUGUCCCUUCCUGCCAAACUCGUCUUCCCUUCCAUGCAUCAUCAGGGACACUUCUCUAUGCUUGGUUUGGGUGACAUAGUGAUGCCCGGUCUGUUGCUGUGUUUCGUGUUGCGCUACGACGCGUACAAGAAGGCCACGCUCGUGUGUCAGAUGGGACAAGUUCCGGGCCCACGUUCUAUGGGUUCCCGUCUAACAUACUUCCACUGCUCUCUACUGGGCUACUUCCUGGGACUACUGACAGCGACAGUAUCCGCGGAAGUGUUUAAGGCUGCUCAACCCGCGCUACUUUACCUCGUGCCCUUUACGCUACUGCCGCUACUCACAAUGGCAUAUGUCAAGGGUGAUCUAAGAAGAAUGUGGAGUGAACCGUUCAUAGCGCCCCCUAACGGCAAGUUGGGGGCUGACUUCGACGUCUGA